AUGGCUACCGGAGGUCCGAUUACUGAUAUAGUUAGUGAUGGUGAAAAUCCUACCGACAAUAAUAUACCCCGAGUAAUUGAUCAGUCAAUAUUGGCUCAGUUGACUGAUGAGAACAAAAUUGGCAAGGGCACUUAUGCUAUUGUUUAUAAGAUCAAGGUAGACUCAAACGAAUACGCCUUUAAAAUAGCAAGGGCUACAAUCAGCCGGUUUGCCGACUCUCCGGAACCGGUAAAACUGAGUGCCGAUGAAAAUAAAGAGAAAGAGGCUCGCAUUGUGCAGCAGAUGCUGGCACUGCAGACCCUCCAUAAGUUGGACAAUAAAAACUUGGUUAAAUGCGUAAAAUCAUGGCUGACCGAGGCGAACAUGUGCAUUCAGAUGGAGCUGUGCCAGUGCACUUUGCCACCACUGUUGGCCAGCAAACUGACCCUGUUCGGUCGGGUCAACCAUAUGGCGCCCCGCAAUACCUACCCGUACAGCGAGAUCUGUGACCUUGAGUAUUUCAUUUGCGCCCAUAUGUGUGAGGAAAUUGUGCGAGGGCUAAAUUAUUUGCACAGUCAGAGUCCACCCAUAUUUCACCGUGAUAUAAAGCACGCCAAUAUGUACAUGGCCAUUUUGCCUGAUGGUGAGGCUGUGUUAAAGGUUGGCGACUAUGCCUUAGCGCCGUUGCAAGAGUGCACCGCACAGACCAAUACCAAAGGUGUGGGCAUUUAUACUUACUUAGCGCCUGAGAUUUGUACGCCCCCUGGGGUUACAGCCAAGUAUACACCGCCGUCCGAUUUGUACAGUAUGGGUAUGAUUAUACCUGAACUGUUUAAUUUUAACUAUACCAUAAAGCAAGAGAGCAAACGUAUGGAGUAUUUACAGGACACAAUGGUUGGCCUGAUUGAGACCAAAAUGCCAAAUAGGACCAAGAUGAAUGUAUUACUAAAACAAAUCGAGGGCUUUUUCAAACUGGUGGACACGCAGACAAUUUUGUCACAAUAUGCUGAAUAUAACGACCGACUUAUGGCGACUGGAAAUGAA